AUGACAUCCUGUAGCGGGUGCGAGGAAUCGCAGUUACUAUUUGACCAGCUCUCAGCUGUUGCAAAAUCGAACCCUCAUCUUGUUGCCAAAAGCAUCGAUUUUAUUGCCGGUCUUUUUUCUCAGCCAGAGGAUAUUCUCCAACCAGACAAAUUGGACGACCAUAUCAAGCGUGCCUCUUUGGAGACGUCAUCGACAAAGGAACGAUAUACGACUACAUUUCGGGAGCAAAUUGCAGAAAUAGAAUUUUUCCAUCACUCGAUAAAUGACCAAGUCUCUUGUGUAAAGAUUAUCGAAAAUCACAUUGCCUUGGCGCUACGGCUAACCUCAGAGGCGAUUCAGACAGUGCCGCCCAAUUUCAGCAUCAUUCGACAGAUUGGGUCCUCCGGUACGGAUAUGAAGCGCGUGCUUUAUUUGCUCCAAAAGGAAAAGUUCUUUCUAGAAAAUCUGUGCAAGUCAAAAAUCGGGUCAGAAAACCCGUCAGAAGAGGAAAACGAAAAAAGCCAGAUGUAUCAUAACACACCUAUUGGCAGCCACCUAUAUCUCAUAUAUAUUAAGUUACAUCUUUUGCUGGAUUGGAAAAACCGAGCUAUAGCCGAGUGCCAGGAUCUCGAAUUCUCUGUAUCGUCGCCAUCAGACGCUUCAGUAUUCAAAAAACCAUCUUCUACAUCGCUGUCCGCUUCAAAGGAACAAUCCGGAUUACCUUUCGCAAGGAGCCUAAUCAAAAGCCGACUUGAAAUAUUUUUUAAUCCUCUGUCUGAGAUUGUGGGGAUCCUUAAAGGAUAUUGGACAGAGCUUCUCAAUUACCUUGUUAAUGUUCAAAGCAUAGAAGGUGCCCGGAUUUAUGAUCCUUACUCAUCGGACACGACCUCGAUCAUUAGAAAGGACUUUAACCCCAGCACGCUUCCGUGGUUUGAGAUGUAUUCUAACCUAUUGUCAAUCUAUGCUCGCAUCAUAUCGUCUCGCAGAGGAAAGUACCGGUCGUCCACGCAGCUUGAUUUUAUAUCUCUGGAAAAUUUCGUCUCUCCGUGGAAUAUUCUGAUUGUCGAAAACAUUUCCAAAGCCUUUCAGGAGCAUAAACUCGCUGGCUCCAAAGAGACCCUUCUCGACUUGCUUGGGCGGAUUGACGGGCAUCUUUGUUUGGGGCUCAUUACAUGGAUUUAUCUCUUUGCCCUUCCAUCAUUUUCCAGUAUUUUUGCAGACACAUCUGCCUCUAAACAUCAGAUGUUCAUAUUUUGUUCUGUUUUUCUUUCCUCUCUUAAAAGCUUCCUCAUAAAAUACUUGGAACCUGAGAUCAAAGCAAUCAACGGAGGUUCUUCAGACUCCACGAUGCUCAGUAUUCCGCCCUCUGAUUGUCUCUACUUUUUGUCUUGGCUCACAACUUCCCAAAAGAGGAUCAAUUCAAUUCUAUCUCACUCUGGAACUCGAGGAGCUACUAUCCCCGAUAUAUUGAGCGAAGAGCAGGUUGACAUCAUGAUUGGACGCUAUGUGUCGCAUACCACAUCUAUGGUCCGAGAGUGGCUUGGAAAUUUGCUCUCCGCAGAGGUACAAAAGCUAGAGUUGCGUAUGGAACCACCAGACUCGGAUCGAUUUGGAAAAUAUUUUGUUUCCGUUACGGGAGAAUUAUUUUUAUUCCUUGACCAAAACAGUAUCCAGGAAAGCUACAGCAACCACGCAAAGAUAUGUUAUGGGCCAGAUAGUCUCAGCUCUCCCUUACUUGCACACGACGCGAACCCAAAUGGCCACCCACCUGGACUGGAGUAUUACGGGAUUUCUUUGGUUAACUCUACCGUACAAUGGGUACAUGAGUUAGAACGCCUCAAAGAAACGCUCUCUGGAGAUGUCUUUGUUCCCUUCGUCAAGGAGGCUUUUAAACGCUCAGAGGCCAAGUUUUCCAACAUGAGAAAAGUCGGGUUUGAUCUGCUAAAGUGUUCCAUUUUCUCCGACAUCAUGCCGGUGAUAAAAACGCUAUAUACAAACACUUGGUACAAAGAUGAUGUAGUCAAGCCCAUCGAUAUCAUAUGCGACACCAUUGAUGAUUUCCUUUCCGACUUUGAAUAUAGAAUGAUAACAGAGCCUUUUCAGGGAUUUUGUUUGGACUUUUUCCAAUAUCUUGCCAGAGCAAUGCUUAAACGGAUGAUUCAAAAGAACUCGCGAUUUAGGGUUGAAGAGGCCGAGGAACUGCUCAAAUAUGAUCAUGGACAAAUCCAAGGGAUUUAUUCCAAAUUUGUAAGAAAAGACGGGGCAAGCGAAGAUUCUGCACUGGAGCAGCUUGCCAAAGCAUAUCCAUUGAUAGCUUCAACCGAAAAAACAUUGCUUGUGGCCUUUUAUAACUUUCAUCGGGAGUUUCCGGAUGUGCCCGUGUCCUUUUUCGAGGACCUGAUCUCAAAAAGAGAUGGACUAGACAAAUCCAUUGUAAAGUCUUUGAUCAGUGUGGCGAGGGAUCAUAUUAAAAAAACGAAGGACAAUUCCGGCGGAACCAGAAAAAGCAUCUUUUCCGAUUUACAUUUGUAA